AUGGCAGAUCCCAGAAAAAGAACAGGUCGUCAUUUCUUGACACCAGAGAACCUAUCCUCUACAUUACAAAUCACAAAACUACCUCCAGAAUGGAACCAAGAUAUAAUCACUUCGGUCGUGGCCGGUUCUGGCCCAGUUAUAGAUAUAAAGUCUAAGAAUGACCCAAGAACUGGUAAACUUACCGGAGUAUUGUUCGAUUAUUUGACUAGUAAAGACUGUAAACGUGCUUGGGAAAUUCUAAAUAGAAUUGAAAACUUUCCAGUAAAGAUAGAGCAGAUAAUCCCACCGAAUUAUAAAGAACAUCUUAAAGAAGCAGCUGAUACAAAUUCUCAAAAGAAAGUGUUACAGCUCAAUAGAGAUUCAUACCCCUUCGAAGCAGGUUUAGAGUUGCCCUUCGAAAUGGUCACUGAAGUUCCUAUUCCUAGGCGACCACCGCCCCCACAGGUUGUAAAUAAUGCUAACCCUAUUCCAAAUAACACAAACAUCCAGUUUCCGGACAUACUAAGUAAAGCAUCUAAACACCUGCCAAGUUUUCAAGAUGGCUCGAUUACCGCUCCAGACAAGAUUUCACAAAACUUAAGUAAAAUUCCACCAUUGCAACUCAUUGAAAUAAUAUCAAAUUUGAAAAUACUAUCAAACCAAGAGAAUAUUCAAAAAUCACAGUUAGAAACGUUUUUGAAUACCAAUAGUGAUAUUACCGUAUCUGUGACGCAAGCCCUGCUAGAAAUGGGAUUUAUAGACUACAACGUGGUGACAAAAGUGUUGAAAUCUCAAAUUGGUGAGACCCCUUCAAUGCUUUCAAGUAACAAUACAAGUAAUUCGAAUACCCCUAUUAGCGUAAUCAAAAACAAUACACCAUUGCAUGUUUCAUCCAGUGAUGUCAGUAACAAUCACAAUAAUAUGCCCGUGAACAUCGGUAUGCCAAUGACUAUGUCGACACCGCCUUUUAUUCCUCUACCUCCACAACAACAACCAUUUAGCUUUGUGCCAUCGGGGCCCUUCAUGCCGCCAGCUCAAGGCCCUAUGGGACAGCCCACACUGGUAAAUCAACCGAACCAGAUGAAGCAACAAAACGCAAGUUCUACGGAAGCACUUUCUAACCGCAAUAUAGGGAGUGACAGUGGCACCAUUAAUAUGGCAAAACUGCAGUUGCUACCUGAAAAUCAACAAGAUAUGAUCAAACAGGUUCUUACUUUGACGCCUGUUCAGAUCCAAAGUUUACCAAGUGACCAGCAACUUAUGGUGGAAAACUUUAGAAAAGAAUAUAUAAUCUAA